GAAAUAUUUUGGGGAAAAAAAAAAAGAAAAAACAGAAACGGAAGUAAAUAAGCUUUUUAGGCAUCGAUCGAAUUUUCCAGGAAACCCCGAGAGAGGGGAAGAAGAAACUGACGAAGACGAAGUCGAACCCUUAAAAAUCCGGUAGAGCAUCCGAUUCUCCGUUGCUCGAAACCUCUCAAUCGAUUUUUUAAAAAUUUAUUUGCGAUGCAUUGAGCCGCCGUCAAAAGAGAGAGAGAGAGAGAGAGAGAGAGAGAGAGAGAGAGAUGUUUUGCAGAAACGUAUCGGUGAGGCGGAAGAAGAAUUCUGGUACGGUACCGGUUUAUCUGAAUGUUUACGAUCUUACCCCAAUGAAUGUUUAUGGUUACUGGCUCGGAAUUGGGAUCUAUCACUCUGGUCUCGAAGUUCAUGGGGUUGAGUAUGGAUACGGGGCACACGAGAAAUCGAGCUCGGGGAUUUUUGAGGUGGAGCCAAAGAAGUGUCCUGGUUUCACAUUCAGGAAAUCGAUUCUUGUUGGUGAAACAGAGAUGAAGGCUAAAGAAGUUCGAAGCUUUAUGGAGAAAUUAUCAGAAGAGUAUCAGGGUAACAAGUACCAUCUCAUCACAAGGAACUGCAACCAUUUCUGCAACCAUGUUUCUUUGAAACUUACUCACAAAUCAAUCCCUAGUUGGGUCAACCGUCUUGCUCGCUUAGGUUUCCUCUGCAACUGUGUCUUGCCGGCUUGCUUGAACGAGACUAAAGUGAAGCGGGUAGGAAAAGACGGGAAGCUGCUCUUGGAAGGAGAAAAUACGAAGAAGAAGAAGAGGAAGAAGAAAAUACGAAGAAGCCGAUCAGGUCCUUUAUCUUCGUCUUCUUCAAAUGCAAGAUUAGAUAAUACUCCUACACAUAACAGAUCAAUAUCAACGGGUAAUCCUCCUCUUUCUGCUUCUCCAUCUUGUCCUUUGAGACCUCGACUUCCUUCUGUUGCAUCUGGAGCUGAAGAUCAAAAUCCUCCAAGCAGAUACCUCAACGCCAGCUUCUGCAGUGAAGUGCAAUGUCACCGGCUUUGCUUUGCAUAUGAGAGGAUGAAUCAGAAUGAAGGUGACGCCCUUGUCGAUUCCAUCAAAGCGAAGUUAGCCUUUUUAUCUUCUCUUUCCACCAAAUGCUGUAUAUACAAGGUACCUAAUAAGCUCCGCAGACUCAAUCCUGAUGCAUAUACGCCUCGGCUUGUGUCUUUUGGCCCGCUUCAUCGUGGUAAAGAAGAGCUUCAAGCUAUGGAAGAUCAGAAAUACAGGUAUUUGCUGAGUUUUAUCCCUAGAACGAACUCUAGUCUAGAGGACCUUGUUAGACUUGCUAGGACUUGGGAACAAAAUGCUCGCAGCUGUUAUGCAGAAGAUGUGAAACUUCAUAGCGAUGAGUUUGUUGAGAUGUUAGUUGUAGAUGGUAGCUUCUUGGUUGAACUUCUUUUGAGGUCUCAUUAUCCUCGACUUAGAGGCGAGAAUGAUCGCAUAUUUGGCAAUUCAAUGAUGAUCACCGACGUGUGCCGUGACAUGAUUUUGAUAGAAAAUCAGUUACCCUUUUUCGUUGUGAAGGAGAUAUUUCUUCUCUUGUUGAAUUACUACCAACAAGGAACACCUUCAAUCAUACAGCUCGCGCAACGCCACUUCAGUUAUUUCUUGAGCCGCAUUGAUGAUGAGAAGUUUAUUACAGAGCCAGAACAUUUUGUUGAUCUUCUGAGGUCUUGUUAUCUGCCACAGUUUCCAAUUAAAUUAGAAUACACUACAGUGAAAGUGGACAAUGCACCUGAAGCAACAGAGCUUCACACUGCUGGUGUUAGGUUCAAGCCAGCAGAGACCAGUAGUUGUUUACUUGACAUUAGUUUUGCUGAUGGAGUACUGAAGAUUCCAACCAUUGUCGUCGAUGAUCUCACGGAAUCCCUCUACAAAAACAUCAUUGGGUUUGAACAAUGUCGUUGCUCAAAUAAAAACUUCCUCGACUACAUCAUGCUGCUCGGUUGCUUCAUUAAAUCCCCUACAGAUGCUGACUUGCUCAUCCACAGUGGGAUCAUCGUAAACUAUCUCGGGAACUCAGUAGAUGUUUCAAACUUGUUCAAUAGCAUCAGCAAAGAGGUUAUCUAUGACAGAAGAUUCUACUUUUCGAUGCUCUCUGAGAACCUUCAAGCUUACUGCAACACACCAUGGAACAGGUGGAAGGCGAUUCUGAGACGUGACUACUUCCACAAUCCUUGGGCAGUUGCUUCUGUUUUUGCAGCUUUACUUCUUCUCCUUCUCACUUUCAUACAGUCCGUAUGCUCUAUCUUGGCUCUGUAA